AGGGUUUCCUGGCAAGGCAUUACAAAACGGACAGCUAUGUCAUACCAGCUCAUCAGCGUCAAAAGGUUACUGAGCUCCCUGCAGUCCAGGUGAGGGGAGGUACCGAACAAUGGCUCCAAACUCUUUGUGCCACGCUCUCAAAAGUCUCUGACAGAGGACAGGUGGUGUUAGUCGUGUGUGAGGACGUCAACACAGCAAAUGCUCUCAAAGACAAAAUUACAGCAGAAAACAAACAUUCAGUUACCAUGUACACGAUGAGCGAGAGCCACAACAUUGAGAACCAGGAGUUCAACAAGGGACACAUCAUCAUUACCACUAACCUCGGAGGACGUGGAACAGACAUUAAGGUUACGGAGGAGGUUAAUCGCUGUGGUGGUCUCUUUGUGUUACUCACGUACUUCCCCAAUAACCGAAGAGUCGAGAAACAGGUCUUUGGGCGAACAGGUCGAAAAGGCACCCCGGGAAUGGUCCAGUUAAUACUGAACCAUGAUCAUCUAGCCAUGGCCUACCGAGGACAUUCUAUUGAGGUCAUGAGGAACCUCAGAGAAGAGUAUGAGGUUAAUCGAAUAAAAGACAUGGAGAAGGAGAAACUAGCUGAAAUUGAAUUGAAGGAAGAGCUGUUCUCCACAUUUUGUAAGUUCCUUAGUGACUUUGACAGGCAUUAUAGUACAGAAGAGAAGACAGACCUCUUUGAAGUUAAAAAGAGGUCUGAAAGGACUUUGGAGUCCUUUCAGAGUAAGAUGGACUAUCACCCAGCCCUGAACGCUUUAAAAGAGUCAUGGGGUAUGUGGCUGAUACUUCACACAGACCAAAUUAACAUACAGAAUGACCUCACUGAAUUGAAAGAAGACCUCAUCCAGCACUUGCUAGAUACAAGUAACAAACUUUUACAAGGUCAGAGUGAAAACUUUUAUGACCUCAUUCAGCAGGCUUUAGGACGAACUGCCUUGCACAUUCAAAACAAAAACAAAAGGGGCUAUGGAGCGAAAUCUUACUGGAAAAAAGCCUCUGACUCCGACAGCUACUACAGAGCUGUUGCACUGUAUAACCAGGCCUACAUUACCAUUAACAUGGCCAAAGAAGGCUACAAAAGUGAGGCGCGUUCCUUACUUGAGGAGGCAGAGAAAGCCAUAGAUGUUUACAUAUCAGAAACGACCAACACACUGAGCUUCUGCUCCUUGUCCAUUAAUCGAGAUUUUGGACCGCAUCAUAGCGGCAGCUGUAACUUCCAAAUACAAAUGCAAGCGAGGAUGAACAUAUUUAACUCAUGGAAGCGAAAUAUCAAAAAAACACUUGACAUGCUUGGAUCAGGCGAAGGAGACUUCAAAACUGUGGAUUUGACUCUUUACAACUUAUGCACUGGGGAGGAUUUUGUGUCUUGUAGUGAACUCGGUCUCUUUCGUAAUUAUGGCCUUGCAGUUGUGUUUGAGGUGGAAAAAAAGCCCCAAUUCUCAUUUGAUGCCGUGAUUUGUUGUUUUCUUGGUAUUGUUCAGGUUGUAGCAGGAGUUCUCGUCUGCAUGUUGUCAGCUGGUUCCAUGUCCUCAUUUGGCCUUGGUUUGAUCUCUGAAGGUGUCUCUGACAUGAUCAGUGGGGUCAUGGGAAUGAUAAAUGGCACAUUUGAUUGGGCAUCAUGGGCAAUGUCUAAAGCAAUUAGUAUCGGAAUUUCUUUGGCCUGUGGGGGAUUCAGUGUUCUCAAAAGAUCAUUCUCCUCUGUGAAGAAUGCUGCAAGUAAUAUACUCAAUGGCACAAAAUCCCUAAAAAGUGUUGCAUGUAGUGCUCUCCGAUCAGGAAAAAAACUGUUUGUUUCAUCAUGUAAAUCAGCCAAAUCAGUGUUAUCAUCAAUAAGUGUAAAGAACUUCACACUGACUGUGGGCCAACUGAAUUUAAAACAUGCAUCUAAAUAUGCCGUUCAGGAAUUGGCUAUUCAAGGGGUAAACACUGCUUUGAACACAUGCAUCAAUAAUACAGUGCAAAAGACAUUCCAACAAGGAUUUCGAGUUACUUUCAAAAACUCUAUCUGUUCAUCAUUAAAAGAAAAUAAACAGUUUGGCCGAGCGCUCAGAGAUUUCAUUAGCUCAGGAAUUCCAAAGGCUGCCUUGGAGAAAAGCUCUGGUUCUUACAAGAUUAGCAGAACUCUAGAGAAGGAAAUGAAGGACAGUAUGGAUUUCUACACGAAACUUGUCAUGAAUGAUCUCAUAGUAAACUGUAAAGAAAUACAUCAGGUGAUUAACAUACUCUCACAGGUAUGGGACAAAUCAGCAGAGUUUGUUGCACAUCGCUCUCAUGCCUGUAUCAAGAUGCUUCUGACAACCACAAGCAUUUCCACCACCAUUUAUGAAAUGUAUUCCUCCAUUCCUACUAAACAUACCAUUGACAAUAAUUUUGUUCCUGCAUUUUUGAAGACCAUGAAGGAGAAACCAGUAUUUGAGACAUAUGACAAUGAUGGACGGGACAAACUGGAAGAUGUGGAACGUCUUAAAGAUGAACUCAUUGACUUAGUUUCAGACAUUCUUUCCCAAAUCAUGGUGGAGAGUUUUUCUGGGUUUGCCACAACCAUGUUUACAAAAACAUUCACUCAAAGAUUAAACUCUGCUACUGGAAAAGUGGUUGGUAAUUUGCUGGGGAGGCAUGAAACCCAAAGUUUCUUUGUGAGUCAGCAGCAUCAUUAUGAUCUGAAAUCUGCCUCUAAAUGCAAGGACAGAUCUUUGACUGAAGAAGAACGAAAUGAGCUCACAUGCUACGCCAAUAAUAUAACUGAUGAACAUAAGCCAGCAACAGCUUUAGAAGUCCAUGUCUUGACAAAUAGUAACUUGCUGAAUGGAAAAGGAAUUUGUAUAACUGUAGUAGAUCAUAAAGGAAAACUUCUCACAGAGGAGACUUACCCAGGAACUGAUCCAGCAGCUGGUACUAUCAAACUUGUGCUGACGAAAACACCUCUGACUUCUCCAGAAACAAGAGGAGUAUUGAGUAAACUGACAGACAGGGUUAUGGGAAAAGACACUGAACAGACUGGCCACAUUGAUAUUAUACGCCCUGAUGGCUCUCGGGAAACUGUGAACUCCUCAAAUCACAACUGUCUUUUUCAUGCUGUCGUUCAAGCAACAAGUAAUGACCCAAAUGAUGUUGUAAAACAAAAAGCUGUAGAACUUCGCAACAAAAUCAGUGAUGAGAUUCUUGGAAAACCACACAAGUAUAUUGAUGCUGUGAAAAUCCAGAAUAUGUUCAACCGCACAAACAGCUCCAAUAAAUUUAAAAUUGAAGCUGGAUUAAGACAAGGGGACAGGGAGAAGUUUGUAGGGUAUAUCACUGGCAAAACUCCAGAGGACAUUAUUAAGGACUACAACUUGGGAAAAGUGGCAGAAUACAAAAGCCUUUUAGACAUGGAUAAACCCACUCCAGGAGUGGUUGAAGCAGACCACAUUCCACCAAAGAAUAGUUUAACUAAAGUCUAUAGGCUCCUCAGGAGAAAUCCAGAAAUGGCAAAUUCACUCAAAAGCAACAACAAGGCAGCUUAUGAUUUAGUGAUGAGCAUGAAGGAUGACCAGAAUGGAAGAAACCAGCUCUGCAUGAACACCCUGUACUGGGAUCAUCGACGUGCGCUGACCACCGGCAGCAGUCCUGAAGCCAGAGCAUGCAGACGAUUGCUGACAAACACCUUAGCAAGUGGAGAUAUGGAGAAAGUGUUGAAGCAGUCAUUAAUAUCAGCUCACCCGGGAUGCUCAGACAGCAUUCGGAAGAGUCUAGGUUUUAAAAUUGCGACCCAGAAUUCUGGACUUGAAACGACUGACACAAACAAAUACUACAAGGAUGGAUUUAUUAGUAUGGUACAUGAAUACAACAGGAAGGAUCUGAUAAACCAAAACCAAACAGAUCGCCUGAUGAAGUGGGUGGAAGAGGAGAGAUAUUUGGACAGGUCUACACUGGAAUAUAGAGAAAUAAAAGAUGUUGUAAACAGAAGAAACACAGCCAGAACAAGGCCAAAUUUUAUCCGCCAUGAGCUGUAAUGUUCGUGUCAGAGUUAACGUAAGUGCUUGACUGUACAAAAGAAAUUAACCUUGUUAAGAAUGAAUGAAUGCCUUUUAUUGUCACUAUACACAUGUACAAUGAAAUUAAGAGCCACUCCUUUUAUGUUUCGUGCCAGCAUGUACAUAAAAUAGACAAGAAGAAUAAACAAGAUAAAUAAGAUAAAUAACAAAUAAAUAAACAGAUAAAUAAACAAGAUGAACAAACACAUAAACAAACAAGAUAAAUAAACAAGAUAAACAAGAUAUUGGGGCGGAUGGGGGAGGUACUAUGAGAUACACAGUUUUGAGACACUAUAUACAUAUACUGUGAAAUCAGUACAUGUAUGUGUUUAGAAUGAUAAUAGCUUUUGGGGGGGAAAAAAUAUUCUUAAAUAUAUUAGUCCUUGUUUUGAUGCACCUGUAACGUCUCCCUGAGGGCAACAUAUUGAACAGAUCAGAGCCAGGGUGAGAGCUGUCCUUAAUGAUGGAUUUUCCUCUGCUGAGGCAAUGGGAAGUGUAAAUAUCCAUCAGGGAGGGCAGAGGGCAGCCAAUGAUCUUCUGUGCUGCUCUUAUUACUCUCUGAAGCCUCUCCCUGUCUGCCGUGGUGCAGCUACCGUACCACACCGUGAUACAAUAUGUCAGCAGGCUCUCGACGGACGAGCGGUAGAGGAUCAGCAGCAGAUUGGGGUCCAGAUUGUACUUCCUGAGAACCCUUAAGACAAAUAAAUCUAUUUAAAACUUUACCUCUACAAGUACUGAAAAUACAAUACAAUACGUUAACUUUUUUGUGUCCCUUUUGUGUUGUAUGAAAUCAUUACUAUAGUAAUAAGCUUGUUAAUUUUUAACAGAUGGAACUAACGUGAUUUUAUCAGUUGAAACCCAGUGAGAACACACACUAAAUCUUGUCUUACAACUGAAUUGUGACCUUCAAACAUGGCGGAUGCACAGAGUGGCUGUGGGCUGUCUUCGGAAUAAUCUUAGACGCUUUAUUGUUAAAAUCACAUUUUCAGAUGAAUACAUAAAGUAAAUAAAUAAAGAGAGACUCAGAGUGGAGGCAUAUAGAGAAGAUUCAUACAGAGAGAGUCAUUCAGAAAGGAGUCAUUUACUAAAGAGAGAGAGAUGGAGACAAUCAGCAAGGAGUCAUUUAGAGAGGAGUCACAGAGAGAGAGAGUUAUUCAGAGAGGAGUCAUUUAGAAAGGAGUCAUAGAGAGAAAGAGAGAGAAAGAGAGAGAAUAUCACAAUUUGCUGCAAAAUAUUUGACAGUAUUAUUCUGCCUAUAGCUCUUCAUGGAUGUGAAGUGUGGGGCCCACUCUGUCAGGACGACUUCUCUAGAUGGGACAAACACCCCAUAGAGUCCCUACAUGCAGAAUUCUGUCCAAACAUUCUGAGAGUGAAGAAAAGGACACCAACUAACGCACUCACAGCUGAAUUAGACAGAUAUCCCUUAUUUCUAAAUAUUCAAAAGCUAUCUCUUAAAUUCUGGACUCAUCGUAAAUCAAGCUCCUCUAAUACACUUCAAAACAAAGCCCUUAAAACCCAAGAGCUAAGCCCUAAAACCGGUCCCCUCUGUCAGCUGGCUCUGAAACUCACAAACCCACCAACAUCUAACAAUCAGUUUCAGACCAGCUCAACUAAACUAAUCCAAAUUAGAGUAAACCAAAUCAUAAAAUCUAUUAAAAAUGUCAGAUUACACGAUGAAGAUCCUCUAACAAUAUUUUUGUGAUUAAACAACACGACUACAUUAUACUCACAGCUCGUGUAGAAAACAGGCUUGCAUGAACACACACACACACACACACACGUUCUUCAGAUUAUAGCUUGAGGAGAUUUUUCCUGUCCAGUAGCAUGUUUUGUUUAGGUUUCUCCAUCGCCGCUGCCGUACCCUAUCAGUAGUUGUGCUGUGAGUUUGCCGUCCUCGUGUUGGAAUGGACGAGUCACAAUCCAGACCUCAACCCCAUUGAGAUGCUGCGGUGGGAUCUUAAGAGAGCUGUGCAUAAACAAAUGCCCUCAAACAUCACUGAACUGAAGUAAUGCUGUGAAGGAGAAUGGGCCAACAUUUCUCCGAAAUGAUGUGAGAGAAAAUGCUUACUUCAAGUUAUUGUUGCUGAAGAUGGUUCUACAUGUUAUUGAAUUAUAGGGUGUACUUAUUUUUUCCCCACCUGCUUUCUGAAUGUUGGUUUACUUUCUGGGGAAAAAAACCAACAUUUUGAAAUCCGUUGGGUUUUUGUUGUUGUCACCUGAGCUUAUUUGUUUUUUUAUAGAAGUUGGUGUGGACCUCACAAUUG